AUGGCGUUGAUUUAUGCUCAUGAACACCUCGGUGCUACUGGUGAACGUCUCGGUGCAGCGGCUAUGCUUCUUAAACUUGAACAACGUCAACUCUUUUACGCUUGCGUUGGAAGCACUCGAGCUGUUUUGUGCCGUUCUGGAAACGCUUUUCAAUUACCUGAACGACCGCUCAUGAUAACAUGCGAAGACUACACUCAGUUACGCACUGGUAACGCCACAAUUACUCAGGAUAAUGUCAUUGACGGCAUAUGUCUUUCAGCAAAUUCACUCGGAUUUUCCUUUCUUUAUCCAGCCGUUUUACCAAAAACUUUCCAGGAGACAGUAACACUUACUGAAGCUGACGAAUUUAUUGUGAUUGGUGCGGGAGCACUGUGGAAGUAUAUUUCUCCACAAAACGCUAUAGACAGUAUUCGUGGCAUAUAUAAUCCACAUAUAGCAGCAAAGAAAUUGCAGGAUAUGCUACAAACAUUUGAAUAUUCUGGCAAUGUUAGCAUUAUUGUUAUCCGAUUUAAGCGAAGUCAGCAAGCACACAAUGAAGGAGAAACUAUUCUACACAAAUCCAUUGUAAAAGCAAAGUCCACUUGCCCAAUAAAUGAUAUGAAUACGUUGCGUAAUAUCGAGGAACGAUUGGAACAGAUCAGUGAGGCAAUUAAUAAAAUCGAUGAUGACUCAAAUAACCACCGCUCUCCAUCAUCUGGUCUCGAAUUGUGGAAUGAGCAAGAAUACUUGAAUACAAACAGCAAUAACAGAAGAUCCUGUCCAAUGUCUAGUAAUAACAAUAAUAAUGACUUGCUGUCAGCUAGUAGUACUACUACCUCGAGAUAUAGUGCAUCUAGCACUGUAUCCCCAUGUAGUAUUGCCCCACCGGAUCCGCAUUCUGAUCGAUCAGUGAAUGAUCGGUUUUCAAUCCGUAAACGAAUCGACUUGUACGACCGUCUCAAUGUCACUUCAAGCAAAACUAAUGGCAAAGAAAAGUUUCAGCGUGUAAAAUCCGCUCUCAAUGAACAACUUCAGUUGCGAACUCCAGAAGGCAAAAUAAUGAAAUUGUAUAAUGUAUAG